AUGCCUGAUGGUGCCAACCCCCUGCCUGCUGGCACGGAAUGCCACUACCGGACUGUCGAGAUGGCUCUAUUAGACAGCGGCGGCGUCGUGCAAUCGGUUGCUGCACCUGUCCUGCUUCUGCUCGCUACAUCACCGUGGCCUGGGGCGCUCUAUGCUGUUGAAGUACUGGCCCGCAACCCGCCUACACCGAGCGCUGCUGGAACGUGGACGCUGGAGGUCUUCGAGGACUCCAGCGAGAUAACCCCUCUGCUCCUCUCGGCAACUGCAGUUGGAUGCCCGGUGCGUCGUGUGCUCUCGGCAGAGUUGUUAGCAGCCCCAGAGCCUUAUGGCCAGCAGGCCAUCGACUGGGAGGUCACAGGGCAGCCCGGGACAUUGGAUCAUGUGGUGCUCGAGCUGCAAGUCACAGAGCGUCCGGCAGUCGAAGGCGGUCACCUUCCACUCCGCAUCGUCGCUCCGAGGGGUUUUCUCUUCGAGGACGUUUGCUCCGCCAAAGAGCUGAGAACUGAGGAGUCCACACCUUGGCCCGGUUUGCUAGGAGACUGCCAUGGCCGAGGCCGUGAAGCCUUGAUCCAGGUACCUCCCAAUCUCGAGCCACUGAACCGCUACUCCCUCCGCAUCGCCGUGGUCAAUCCAAGUUAUCAGGAGCUUCAAAACCUCCAGAGAUCCUCCUCCUCGUCCCUUUGGUUCCUCGAGCUGGGGGAGGAAGCAAGCCCACCGCUUGUGGGCCCACGGCUACGUUUGCUGCUUGAUAUCCGAGUGGAGCCCACGAGCACGGCUGCCCAGGGCCGCACAGCACCUGUGGCACUUGCUUUCGUACCUUCCAGCACCGUACCUUCUGGCGGCCGGCUCCGGGUGACCGCACCUCAAGGCAUCGAGUUCAACCCGAGCAGCUGUCUCUUGGUGGAGUCUGGUGGCGCAUGUGAGCAGUGUUCGGCUGUGGCCGAAGCCUUGGAAGACCUGGCAGCCACAAACGCUCGAGGCUGGUGCGCUUCGACGUCUGAAUGCUCAGAGGAAGCCAGCGGGUGUCCCGAGGACUACUUCUCCUUCGCAGUGGCGUUGUCUACCGCGCAGCAGUCCGAGAGCGUCAGUGUCGGAGCAUCCUGCAGCUUUCAGCUACGUCCAGAUGAUUUGAGUUGCGCGGCUCUCGCGGAUCUGGGUUCCCAGGCUACGCAGUCCCUGACUUUGCAGUUGUCGCAGAUGCAGUUUGUGCAGGGCCGGCGAUAUGAGCUUACGGUCCACAUUCGAAACCCCUCCGUCGAGGUUUCCGAGAAUGCAAGCGGCUGGGAGCCUUGGCAGCUGCAGACAGAGAAGCUUGUCGACGGCACGUGGCAACCCUUGGACGUGGGUGAGGCGCCGAGCUACACUUUGGUUCCGGCAUUGGGGCUGGAUGUUGAGCCGCAGCCGGGGGCCCCCGUGCGGUUGCGUAACGGAUCUGAAUGCCAGCCAGCCCUAGCUGGUGAGGACGCUGGUGCUGUCCAUGUCUCCCUGGACCUGGCCACCCCUUUGCUCGAGGGUGAUGAGCUGCUUGUCUGGCUGCCACCUGGCCCGCGGCUGUCCUCUUGCCAGCUUGUCUCUGUAUCACCCCUACAAAGCACGCCUCCCACAUCACCAUCCUCACCAUCCCUUCCGUUCUGCGGAGACCCUGCAGAGCUCUGGAUUGAUUGGGAAAUGCAAACAACGUGGCCGGUGGAGCCGGAUCCAAACGCCACCAGCACUGAACCCACCACAACCACAUCCAGCUCGAGCACAACCCUGACCCACACCAGAACAUCAACGACCUACUCGCGGGCACAGGCGUUUGCAGACUGUGACAGCGUUGACGCUGGCUUGUGCUUGACAUGCCACUGUGAAGCUGACUGUGAGCUGCGUCUGGCGGGCACACAGGCUUUGGGUAAAGUUCGGCUUCAGCUGGAGAUCGUCCAGGGACAAAGCAACACACACGGUGUCGAGAACUACUGGCGAGCAGCUCACCAGCGCUCGGGUAUCACCGUGGCAUCAGAGGUGGCUUCUGGGUGGGCCGUGCGGCCAAGGCUUCGUGCAGCAGUGCACCUGAGUGGAGGACUUGUGGUGGAGCCCGGCAUUGAGGCGGCCUACCUUCAUCUGUCUGCUGGAAGCAAGUCGAUCCUGACCCUGGAGCUGACCCCUCGGCUGGCAGCCUCGCAUCUACGUGUGGUGGCCGUUUCACCACCGGAGUUCGACUUCACGGGCACAGGAAGCAACGCAGGACUUGUCCUUGAAGCCUCCGGCCCACGUCUGCUGCUGGCGCUCUCCAUGCAGCCCUGGACUCGCCGAGAAAUCCAGCUGCUGCCCGUCCGCUUGGGAAGAGAUGGCGGCCACACGACCUUCCACCUGGCUACAAUGAACCAAGGCGUGGAGAAAGUCGUGGUGGAGGAGGUCCUGAACCUCCAAGGCUUUCGGCUGCCGGGCAGCCUCGAGUGCCUUGAGGCAAGGCUUUCCCGGCAGCUCCUUCCUUCCGAAAAUGCGCUCGUCGCCUCCUUACCUGCGAGAUUGGGAGAAGCCGCUUGGUUGUCGCUUACAUUCUCCUCGGGCCAGCCGGCCAAAGCUAUGGCACGCCUGACACUCGCCGCACCGAGCACUUGGGAGCUCCAGGCAGGCGGCGCAAGCUUCGCGGAGGUCGAAGUGGGGGAGGUCCUGCGGGCAGCAUUGCUGGCGAACAUGACGUCUUUCACCACGAGCAGCUUCAGCGCGACGAUCGUCGAGGGGCUUUUUGCCAGGCCGCACGCCUAUUCGCUGAUGGUUUGGUCACUCUCCUUCAGCUACGAGGUGCCUCCAGGCAGCCUUUGGCGCCUGGACAUUUUCGAUGGCGGCGAGUUGCCGGUUGCAACCAGCGAUGUCGGCUUCAGCUUGCCUCUGAGAGGGGCCUGGCCGCUACCGCUCUUAUCACUGCAGCUCUCGAUGGGGAGCCCUCCCCCUGGUGGCCGCACCUUCGCUCGGCUCGUGCUGAAGCCGUGGCUCCGAAGUUCCUGGCUCCUGGUGCUGCCACCGCCCGGCUGGCUCUUGAGCAACGCGACGUCCGGCCCGGAGGGCCGCAUGCUGAAAUCGCUCGGCUGGCAGGACUUGACUGGUGGUUUCGAGGUGGAUCUGCAAGUGGCUGCCUCGCUGGAGACCACCACGGAUGCAGCUUGGUUUGUGCUGGCGGCGGCGAGGGAUCAGCAGCGCCUGGAAGAGGGAGAAGCCCUUGCUGCCGAAUCCUGGGGCUUUGUGGACGGGGCCAAUGUGGCACCGAUGUGGGGGAGCGUGAAGCAUGCCAACCUGGCAGGGCUCAACCUUACGGCCCUUAUCUUCACGAUGCGCCUGGACCAAGAGGCACAGGUUGGCAUCAUCCGUAUCACGCCGCCAGAAGGCUAUGGCCAGCCGUCGUGCCUAGAUGCGGCAACUGUUCGCGGGGAACCCCGCUGGCCAAUGUCCUUGAGAAGGUUUGGACCAUAUUGUCAGGAAUCUGCCAACGAAUCCUUCACGGAGGUCCUUCUCACACAACCUUUGCCCGUGGGCUCCUGGGCCUUUGCCUUGGCCAUCACCCUGCCCGACGCAGCGGAGGACCCCCGCUUCCGCAUCGAGGUCUUCACAGUCGAGAGGGAAUUGGUCGACGCGGCUACGGCCCUGGCUGCACCCGACCUGCUCAGUGCAACGCUCUGGCCGCUGACCGCUCCGGAGUUGAUUCUUCGCAGCCGCACCACCGCAGGAUGA